CGGAACCUUAACCUAUACCUAUUAUUCUAUUGUCUGAUAAGAUACGGACGCGCUUAUCCACAUUCAUACAUUCAUAGACGCGUUCAUCAUCAAAGCAGCAGUUGCAUAUAUCGAAUUAUGAACCUUUUCAUUUCACCUUUUAUCUUCUUUUUAGAGACUGCAUAAGACGGAUGAAAUUGCAGCCGACAAACUCAUCUCGAUACGUGCCGGAUAUUUAGCCAUGGAAGGGUAACCGGAAUCAUGGAACCACCUUCAAAGAGACCGAGACUCGGGCUAGCCCCUUAUGAUGAUGAUGACGAUGAUGAAGCAAAUAUAGAUGAGCUCUCUAUGAGCCCCACCCAGUUUGAUGCCAGACAAGACCCUCUUUACCAACUUGAUAAGGGGAGGGCCAAGGCUGCGACGAGACUAAAGUCAGCCUUUGAACGUAUCUUUGAAAAGUAUGGAAGGGAUUUCACCGGCGUCGGUGAUGAGAUUGAUCUUGAGACCGGAGAGGUAAUCGUCAAUAAUGGACAUCUUCUAUCUCUGGACGACGAGAAAGAUCGAAAUAGGGAGGGUUCCGUCUUAAGUAAUGAAGAUGAAGGAAUUAUGAAAGGGAAGGAUAUCCGGCCGAUAGAAGACACUGGCUCUAAGUCUUUGAUACCGACUAAACCAGCAAUACAUGGUCCUUCUCCAGGGCUACAUACCGGGCCGAAUCAACACAUCAUGCCCGGCGAGUUCAAUCAUCAGCUCCUAUAUCCUGGGAUGCAGUUAGAUCCAUUUGGUUCCCCUGAUCCGUUCAUGUUUGGACCUCCAAUGUUCGGUAGUAGCUCUGUUGAUCCGCUCUGGCAAUCCCCGGAGCUUCCACUACCUAUCUAUCAGGAUAGGUUUGGAUUUGUUGGCCAGUCCAUGGGGUAUCACAAUCAACUUGGAUAUGGGCCAUCAAUAGCACCAGGGGGUUAUAAUAAUGGUUUCCUCGGUCCUCCUUUUCACCAUCAGAUACCGAAGAAAGUUUCCCAUACAAAGACAACGGGGCGUAAAAUUCUACCUCAUCCGACAUCAGCUACUAAUGACUCUGACGAGGAUGAUAUUCUUUUGGGGGAUAAUACGCAAGAAAUUGCCAAAAUUACAACUACAGAAAAGAACAAGUCCUCUCCAUUAGCUUCGGCAACCAAGAAGCCAAAGCAAACGGGUCGUAAGGAUACGAAAGUAUGUUCUGAGGCUGUGGCCGAACAAGCUUCUCAUACCCUUCAGAAGUCACGGCAUAGGCGACCAAGAAAGGUAGCCGCGCCCAUAGAACAGCCAUGUCCCAAUACGAAGAUAAUAUCACCACCGCCGUCAUCAGAAAAAGAGUCCACGGUAGUGGAACAGAGAGCUGAAAAGCUAGGUCAAAUUGAGGUCUUAAUUCGGGCAAUGCGCCCCUCUGAUGUUCAUAAGAAAUCUUCGCGGAGUCGUAAGCAGAUAGACUCCCACGGCCAAAUGGCGAAGACUAAGAGUCGGCAAGGGUCAACGACAACUGAUUUAUCAAAUUCUCCAGAAGAUGUAGCCUUCAGAGACUCCGAUCCUUCUUUAAGAGUAGACGAACAUGAGGAACAUACAGAAUUUGAUAUUCCUCAGCAUGGGGAGGUCAUAGAACCUACGACAAGUGAAGGCCUUAAAGAAGCUAUUGAUAGACAAGUCGAUAUCACUACUCCGGAUGAAGAAAGUCACGACAGCGAGCUACUGGUGGGCCACGAAGAUACAAGCAAUAAUGAGAAUGAAAUUGAGGUGGCCGAUCUUCCUUGUAGUUUUGAUAACUCGGGGGAGAUAGUUCCCUUGUUUUCGAAUAAUGAGAUCGACACGAUAGUGAUGGAAAUACCGACAGACAGCAAAAUACUUCCGCUUGGCGAACCUACAUCGCCUAGUGGCUAUUUUAAUGAGGAAAACGUACUCGAUAACCCGCAGGAUUUGGAUCAGACCGCCAACCCUGAUGAUCGAGAAGUAGACUUGGAAAGCAGCGAUAUGGAGAAUACGAACUGUGCAGUAGAAACCGCAUCCUACGAUCUUAUGAGCAAUGAGAUUCAAGACACCCCCAUAGAAGCCCAGGAAGUCAAUCUUGCACAAGAUAAUUCUCGUGAAGCAACCCCGAGUCUACCUGCUGCGAUAGAGCCGGAAGAGACUGCUGCCCAAGUGCCUGAUAUAGCACAGGAAGUUAUCCAACCUCUUAGCUCCCCUACUCUGGAAUUGGAGUUACCUUCCGAUUAUGCUAUAAUCCAGCCAGAUUCCAUAGAACAAGACACGGACCAGCCGCGUCCCCACGAAGAGGAAGAAGCCAUACCUUUGCCUACACCAGAGCCAGCUAUACCAUCUCCACGACAAAUCAGCCCACCUGCCGAAACGUCUGAAUUAGUUCUAAGACCAUUACCGGUCCAAAGCGAACAAAGCAAGGAGGCCGAUCGAACGGAUGUCCCGAACCUACUGAAGAAUCUACCCUCUUCAUCCACACAACCCACCUCCAGAAUUACAGCCCCUAGCACACCAAAGAAGCGCAGUAAAACAUCAGCGGCCCUCGGAAAUGCAAGCAGCAGCCAGCGCACCCCCUCCACCCGGAGAAAACGAGCCCUAACAUCCCUCGUCCCCGACGACCCAGACCAAGACGACGACGAACUAAGCGUCCUCUCAUCAAGCAUCACAACAAGCCCUUUCAUCACCCGGCCUGACCGCAACAUCAUCACCAUGACCCCCCGCCAUCCCCGUGACUCCUCCUCACCGCGUAAAUCCAACCAUCGACACGACUUCCUCAUGGGCUCCAGCACAUAUACACCCCGCCGCAUCAGCAAGCACGCCGCCCCCCCCGCCACCGAUUCCCGCGCGUUCCGCGGCACCAAGCGCAGAUUCAUGGCCAGUAGCCCUGUAGCGCAGAGCUCGCCGCUAGCGCGCACGGUGGUGAAUGUCGAUAGCGUUAGCAUUCUGACCUCUACGCCGUCGCGCCGGGCAAAGACGCGCGGUGGCCCGAGCGUAAUGCUGGAGAGUAGCCCGGUGCGCACGCCCGGCGGCUCGGCGCGUAGGUGCGGCGAGGAUGGGUUCGUGUGCGAUCGCGACUUCUGCUUUACGUGCUGUAAGUAGACAGACAGACAGACAGACAG